ACUUAACUGACUGAGCCACCCAGGCACCUUCAUUCUUUUUUUUUUUUUUUUCUCAUACUAAAUCUUCGAAAUCCAGUAUGUAGUUUAUACUUACGGCACAGCUCAAUUCAGAUUAGUCACAUUCACGUGCUCCAAAGCUACAUGUGGCUGCCGUGCUGGCCAACACAUGUCCGUGAUUCCCAGUUGUCCUGCUAAUAAUCCUUUAUAGCCUUCACAUGCAUAUGCACGUGCUCGCAUACCCACAUGCACAGGUGCUCACAUGCAUGCACACGCGUAUGGAUACAGGGUUCCAACCAUGGAUUACAUGUUUAGUUGUCAUGUCUCUUUAAGGCUCUUCUCACUUACAACAGUAGCCACUCCCCCUUUCCUUGAGCUUCCGUAUCUUGACAUAUUUGAAGAGUACAGGCAGGUACACUUUGUAGAAGGCAAGAGAAGAACUGUAGGGCAGUCUCCUUGAGUGGGACAAGUCAUGAAAUGUACUGUAGGAAUGGAGAGGGACCCGCCGUCCAAAUUUCUACGUUGACAGUAGAGCGUUGUCGAUAAGUUGGAAAUGAGAUGCGAGACCAAUAAAAGCCAAGGAUAAAUCCAAAAAUUUCAACCUGAACUGCUGGAAGGAUCGGGGUGCCCUCUUCCGAGACAGAGAACCUGAGCAGCAGCUGGCUUAGAGAGGAAAUGCACGAAUUCUGAUUUGGACAUGUUAUAUUUGAGAAGCCACGUAGACAUCCAAAUGGAUGGCUGUCAAGUUGGUGACUGAAUGUGUUUGGAGUCCAGCAAAAUAGGACCAACAUCGGAAAUCCAUGAUGUGGAGGAAAACUCUGAUUCCGUGACAAAUAAACAGAAUAGCCACAAUGCUAUGAAAGGAAAUUCAGGAUGUGUUGGAAUAAGCCAAGUAGAACAGGCAAGUUCCUGUAGAUCCUGUGCCAGCAAAGGGACAAGGGCGGGAACACUCCUGGCGUAUGUGAGGAGAAGCCAGUGUGGUCGACGCUGAGAUUCCGUGCACCAGAGGCGUGUAAGUGAACUUGAUUUGACUGAAAUCGUAGAAGGCCUUCGAUGGCGGCCUGAAGAAUUUAGGCCUCCAUUGCUUGCCCCUGAUGUGUGUAUUCCAUUCUCCAGUGUCGCUAAGAGAUGCAUUCCAGAGUUCUAGACUGUUGACUUCAGCUGCCACAGCACACGGGUAACUGAAGCACCACUGGCCCUUUUCAUACGAUGUCUAAGGCACAUACUUACUAUGUGCAAUUUUCAGCUCAGAUCUACCAGUAUUUUGUGGGGCUGUAUCAGCGCCUCCAGAAGUUCUGGAAUGUCACUGUUAGGCGCUUUUUCGUUAAGAAGAAGGAAGAAGAUAUCCCUUCGGUUGAGAGUAUUUUUCACAAAGAAAAAUUCGUGGUGCUUGGCCGUGUAUUGAAGAAUCAAUCUCUAGCCAUUGAGAAGAGGGCUCAGGCUGCAUAUAGAAUCGGACUGUUGGCCUUCACAGGAGGACCCACCGCUGGGAAAUACGCCACUGAGCACAUAAAAGAAGUGGCCAGUUUGUUACAAAAUCACCAGCUGGCGCCAAAAGUAAAGAUUCUGCUGCUCCAAAGUAUAGCCUGCUGGUGUUACUUAAAUCCUACCAGCCAGAGGAAAGCCAAGAAUUUCAAGUUUAUCCCUAUCCUCGUGAGGAUUUUUGACUACAGAGUCGAUUCUGUCAUCAAAACUGAAAUCAACAAACACCUCCUUGUUAAAUUUUGGGCUUGCUACGUUCUCUCUGUCAUGACCUGCAAUAAUGUGUCCUGCAUAAAGGAGCUUAGAGACUUAGGUAAUCUGAAAUAUCAUUUGCAAAUACUGGCGGCUGAGAAUUGGUCUGGGUGGCCUGAGAAUUUUGCAGAGGUGCUAUAUUUCCUCAUCGGUUUCCACAGGAAUUAAUUUCUCUAAGGGCAGCUACUGUUGCAUUAACCCGGAAAACUGAAAUAAACAAUAACAAGUCGAGAUAGUACUCUAAAGUGUUUUCUUUUAGGCAGUUGAAAAAUUCUCUAUCAACCAUCACGGUGACCGAAAUAAUCAAACGUAUGAAAAGCACCGCUGUUUAAAAUGACCUCAUAAAGGGACACCUGGUUGGCUCAGUCAGUUGAGUGUCCCACUCUUGGUUUCAGCUCAGGUC